AGGAUUUCACCAAAAACGCCUCUCACAAAAACUCCGUUUUCCCUUCUUCUUUCCGUUUUUAUCAUUGUUAACCUUGGAAUCCAAUUCCGUAUCGUAAUCGGCUCUCUAAAAUUCCAUAAAUACUCCUCUCAACACAAAAAACGGAGAUCAACUGGUGUGAUCUGGUUGGGUUGGCUUCGGUAAAUUAGAAGUGAUCAGAGGGGUAGAAUUGGAAAUUAAGAAACAUUCUCUGCAUGAACUGGUCGGGAAAACUGGGUUUUUAUUUUCUAUCAUCAAAUUCUAAUCAUAUUUUAACGCAAUUGUUAAUUUUUUUUCUUCAUUAUUCUCCUCAAUUGUAUCCUAAAUUUUUAGAUACUAAAUUAUCGAUUACCAGUAAUUUUAAUAGUAAUAAUAAUUGUAUUGAGAUUAAUCCCUGAUCGUUGUCCAAUUAUGGAGUCUGGAUGCAAAAGUAAUCGCGCUCAAUUACGUAGAGGUCUUUGUUUUUCAGAUGCUGAUAGAAGUGAAGCAUCCUCGAGAACAGUGAUUGUGAUCGGGGGUGGUAUGGCUGGUAUUGCAGCUGCUCGUACUCUCCAUGAUGCUUCUUUUCAGGUUGUAUUAUUGGAAUCUCGUGACAGACUUGGUGGUCGAGUUCACACUAAUUACUCAUUUGGUUUUCCUAUUGACUUGGGUGCAUCAUGGUUGCAUGGUGUCUGUCAAGAGAAUCCCUUGGCCCCUUUAAUAGGGAGACUAGGCCUACCCCUGUACCGGACAAGUGGUGAUAAUUCUGUAUUGUAUGAUCAUGAUCUCGAAAGCUAUGCUCUCUUUGAUAUGGAUGGGAAUCAAGUUCCUCAAGAACUGGUCACCAAAAUUGGUGUUACUUUUGAGACCAUUCUGAAAGAGACAGAAAAAGUGAGAGAAGAAAAUGCAGAGGACAUGUCCAUUUUCAGAGCUUUAACAAUUGUUUUUGAAAGGAGACCAGAACUAAGGCUGGAGGGACUUUCUCAUAAGGUGCUUCAGUGGUACUUGUGCAGAAUGGAGGGAUGGUUUGCUGCCGAUGCUGAUACCAUUUCAUUAAAGAGCUGGGAUCAGGAGGAACUUCUUCCUGGUGGGCAUGGGCUUAUGGUGAGGGGUUAUCUUCCUGUCAUAAAUACACUUGCCAAAGGGCUUGAUAUACGGUUAAGCCACAGGGUAACAAAUAUUGUCAGGCGCAAUAAUGGUGUGAAAGUUACAACUGAGAAUGGGAGGACAUUUGUAGCAGAUGCAGCAGUUGUGGCUGUUCCUCUUGGAGUGCUCAAAGCAAGAACGAUAAAUUUUGAACCCAGACUACCAGAUUGGAAGGAAGAAGCCAUUAAGGAUCUUGGAGUGGGAAUUGAAAAUAAGAUUGUGUUGCACUUUGAAGAAGUGUUCUGGCCAAAUGUAGAGUUUUUGGGAGUAGUUGCAGAGACAUCAUAUAGCUGCAGUUACUUCCUAAAUCUUCACAAGGCUACUGGCCAUUCUGUGCUUGUUUAUAUGCCUGCUGGACAGCUUGCCAAAGACAUUGAGAAAAUGUCUGAUGAAGCUGCUGCCAAUUUUGCUUUCAUGCAACUCAAGAAGAUUCUACCUGAAGCCUCUGAUCCGAUUCAGUAUCUCGUUUCUCGAUGGGGCUCGGAUAUUAACUCACUUGGUUCCUAUAGCUAUGAUACAGUAGGAAAAUCCCAUGAUCUGUAUGAAAGGCUGAGGAUUCCUGUAGAUAACCUAUUCUUUGCUGGAGAGGCAACGAGUACGAGCUACCCAGGGUCGGUACAUGGUGCUUUCUCCACUGGAUUGAUGGCUGCAGAAGAUUGCAGGAUGCGUGUUCUGGAGCGCUACGGAGAGUUGGAUUUAUUCCAGCCUGUCAUGGGCGAGGACGCUUUAGUUUCUGUCCCACUUUUGAUCUCCCGUAUGUGAUCUCUGAGUGGCUAUCGUGUUCUUACUUAUUUUAGCAUGGGAUCUGGCUAACGCAUUACUGCCAUUUUUGAUUGAGCAGUCGCUACUGGUUAAUGUGUAUUCUCGCCCAUGUAGUAUUACUAAUUUUCGUCGGCUGUCAUUUAAAAACUUACUGUUAAGCUGAUUUAUGUACUGGAUAUUUAGAAAGCUUCCUUGUAGUGAACUCUGCUCUGAACUUUUGCUA